UUCAUACCUUAUACCUUCUCUCCUACUCUCCUUCUCUCCUUCUCCCCUUCUCCCCUUCUCCAACCCUUUCUUCUUCUUCUUCAGUUUAUCUCUUCCCUUAAAAAAAGAUGAGUGCCAAGGAUUGCGGGAACCAUGGGUGGAAGAGGAAGAGGCUUCUAAAGAGGCUACUCUCGGCCUUCCUGGUGUUAGUGAUAUUAGUAUUGUUCGUGAUCCUCCUGGUUUGGCUGAUCCUACGGCCGACGAAGCCCCAGUUCACUCUUCAAGACGUGACGGUGUACCAAUUCAACCUUUCCUCUCCCAAUUUCCUCACAUCCAACAUACAGGUCACGGUACAGUCGCGCAAUCCGAACGAUAAGAUCGGGAUCUAUUAUGACAAGUUGGAUAUCUUCGCCACCUAUCGUGACCAACAGAUCACCCUGCCUACGCUCUUACUUCAAACUUACGAGGGUCAUAAGGACAUCAACGUCUGGUCUCCUUUCAUCUCCGGCGAUUCCGUACCCAUUGCUCCCUACCUCGCCGCUUCACUGAAUCAGGACCAAUCGUCUGGUUACAUACUCAUCCACAUCAAGGUCAAUGGGAAGCUCCGAUGGAAGGUGGGAACCUGGGUUUCCGGUCACUAUUCUAUCAACGUCAACUGUCCUGCUUUUAUUAGAUUUGGGAAUCCGGCAUCCGGUAUUACCGUUAACACCGGUAUCAAGUACCAGCUAUCCCAGCCUUGUAGCACCGACGUUUGAUCCUUCCUUCGUUCUUCCUUAAUCAAAAUUCUCGGUAUUUGGUCUUAUUUCCUUCUCUUACCCUCACAUCGUUCAUGUUUUUUUUUUUUUUUUUGGGUUGAAAUUCCUCUCUCUAAUCUCUAUGAUAAGGGGUAUAAGGGGAAAUAUAGAGAUGUAACUUGUACAUUUUCUUGAGAGAAUAAAAUAAGGGUAAAAAAUAUAGAGAGAAAUGAGCAAGAUUUCAACCGUCCUGCCAAUUAAUUUGUAUUCUGUAGUUAAUUUUUGUAAUUUCAUUAUGGGGAAUUUAAGAAAAAUUAAAGUUUCAUUAAUGGAACCUUUUUAUUCCUCCUUAGCCAA